CCCCCUGCGUCCCCGCGGCGGGGGGGGGGCGGGGGGUGUCCCGGGCAGGGCUAUAAACGCGGCGGCAUCGCGGCGUCCCGCUGCCGCCCUGCCUCUGCUCCGCCGUGCGGUCUGAGCUCUCGCCGCCGGCAUCCCGCAGACCCGCCGACGUCCCCAUGGCUUCGCCGCUGGAGCAGGCGCUGGCCGUGAUGGUCUCCACCUUCCACAAGUACUCGGGCAAGGAAGGGGACAAGUACACGCUCAGCAAGCAGGAGCUCAAGGAGCUGCUCACGAAAGAGCUGCCCAGCUUCAUCAGCAAGCAGACGGACGAGGCCGGCUUCCAGAAGCUCAUGAGCAGCCUGGACAGCAACCGGGACAGCGCGGUGGACUUCCACGAGUACGCCGCCUUCCUGGCCUGCGCCGCCGUCCUGUGCAACGACUUCUUCCAGGGCUGCCCCGACAAGAUGCCGCGCAAGAAGUGAGCCCGGCCGCCGCCACCCCCCCCCGGCACCGCGUCCCUCCGCUUCUUUAAAUAAAGGUCGCUUUAAACGAA